UUUUACAAAAAGAUCCGAUGUGGAGAUACUAACGUAUAGAAACAGAGCAAUGCUCGUUAACAACAGUCAUCAGGGACACUUCCAAAUAACAGAGCGUUAGUUACAUCAAAAACCGCCAGUUUUGCAACAGUCCAAGUACGAAAUUCCUCGACAUCAUGACGACAGGUUUCUCCAAUCCUCAUCCCUCACCAAAUAAUGCAGGCUGUACGUUUUCAAGAAACCUUUGCCCACAAUACAGUUCAUUAAUAUGGAGAGGGAUACGAUGAAACGAUCGGUGACGGCAUAACGAGCAUCUAGCACGCAGAUGGCCGUGUGUGGCCACAAUACGGCGAGGGUCUUGCCCACUCAGUGGCUGAACUGAACAUUUGCUGUUAUUGAGAGCCAUGGAAGGGGACGGGUUUGCAUCCUUAGUGUCGCCUGUUGCUGGAAUCGCAUCUGGCAUCUGGAUCACAAUGAUAACGGCAGUUUCUUUUGUUGGCAACGGCGCUGUCUUGGUCCUCUCCAUGCGCAAACGCAAGAACUUGAAACCCCUCGAUCUACUGACGAUCAACCUGGCGGUGUCAGAUCUUAGCGUCUGCCUGAUUGGCUAUCCCCUAGCAGCAGUGUCGGGGUUUGCCAGCAAGUGGUCAUUUGGAGACAGUGGCUGCGAGUGGUAUGGUUUCUGUGGGUUCUUUUUCAACGUUUCUGCACUGAUGACGCUGCUAGCUUUAGCCAUUUGCCGUUAUUUGAAACUCUGUUGGAAACACCUUGAUGACAGAGUUUUCGCUAAGCACAUGCCGAAGAUACUAACGGCGAUAUGGGCGUAUUCAUUCCUCUGGACAUUUCCCCCGCUUGUUGGAUGGAAUAGAUACGUCCCGGAGCGGUUCCACACAUCCUGCACCGUUGAUUGGGCGAGCCGGUUGCCCAGUGACCAGGCUUACAUCGUUUGCGUAUUCCUUUUCUGCUUCUCCAUACCCGUGGUGGGACUUAUCGGUUGCUACGGCGCCAUUUCUAAAACCAUUUGCACCCAUCGCAAAAAGAUCCUGAGACAGCACAAGACUCAUUUUACGCACUUCUGGACAGAGGUGCGUUUAAUCAAGUCAUCCUUUGCCGCCACGGUGGCCUACAUGAUCGCCUGGACCCCUUACGCGGUCAUUUCUUUCUGGGCGUUCGCCGCUGACGCCUCCGCUCUGCCGCUGGUCGUCUCCGCUGUGCCUGUUUUCGUCGCCAAGUCGUCGGCCGUGUUCAACCCAAUCAUCUACACCAUCUUCAACCAGAAAUUCAAGAGCGAGCUGCAGGAGCUGUGUUGCUGCUGUGGCUGCCAAUGCUACAACAUCUCGAUCAACAUCAACACCACCAUCAGCACCCACCGUGACGAGUCGCUGCCCGUAAUAGCGGCAGCAGCGGCCGCCCACCGCUCGCGACUCGCGUUCUCCAACCCUUUUUCCAAGUUCCUCGUUUCUCCCUCGCCAACUCGCGCGGUCAACAAUAAACGCCUGUUCGUGAUUACAGGGAAACUGAGUGACCCUACAGCGCCAGAUAAAAGUAACCCCCUUGGGAUGGUCAUCAAUGAAGAGAUAGAUUAUCCUUGUCACCUGGACGAAGACAUGCCCGGUCCGUCCAGGCGGCCCACGGAAGAGGCGCGGGCAACAGUGAGUUACACUCUACCACUUGUUCACCUUCCCAACGUCUUGGCGUCCGCGUCAUCCAUUGAGGGCUUCAAUUCGAACGCCUCAUCACUGCCAGAAGAUUUCCAUUUUGAGAAGCGCGGCUCGAUACUUUAUGCUGAAGCUCAGGUAUAACGAAGCGUGCCGAGAAUGCAUCGGGACAAAAUUACCCAUUUGGCCUAAUGUUCACGCGUGGUUUGGCCAGUACAUGGACAUCCAGUGGCGUAUUGUAGAGACAUGAUAAUUCCAGCACGGAACUGUUAUCCGUAUAGUUGUGGGUGCCGUUGCUCACUCUCCUUGCAUGACAACCCAUCACGCUGAACUUGGUAUGGAGCGCGAAAUAUCAAACAUUCGACGAUAAAAUUUCACCCCUCAAAGCACCUGAGCGUUCUUUACAACUGGUUGCCCGCCCCUGUUGAGUGUCAUACAAUACUCUCGGUCCUUUCUCCUGAUGUCGGAAACACCGAAGAGUGAAACGUUGGGUUCGAUGGUUGAGUGAAGACUAACAAUUCUCACUGAUGCACUUUCAAUUUUUGUUUGUUGGCCCACAUGUGUAACAAACGGGUCGAACCAGUUGAGCGAUAACAUCUAUGACAACGCGAAGCAGUUGAUAAAAACAAGCUUUUUUUUAGUAGCAGUAAAUGCACACGCACAAAAGCCACUUGUAACUGACUUACAAAACAGUACAUGACUGUCUUUUUGGAGUUCACUGAGUUGAGAACUGACGAAAACUGAUUUCCGUGUCGGCACUCCUUGGUGAGCCAGCCAUUUUUUUAAAAAAAUAAUGUUUCUAAUGGAGUCAGCCGAUAGCUGUCGACCGACAGUCUCGUUUCUGACCAAAAGAAGAAAAUGCAGUCAAGUUCGAGAGAAUACUAUAGCUAGGUGUAGUUCGACCAACUUGAGCGACGGGUGCUUGGACAACCUCUAUACCUUUGGACCCACCCCCAGAGGGUACUCGGUUGCAUUGCUAUUUUAGCCUUUCUUAGGUCAAUUCAGUAAAAAUUGACAUGAACUAACUAUUUAGGGAGAUGGAAGAGACCACGGGCGCAACGAGAGCAAGAGAUCCAAUCGAGGGCGAACUUUAAGAGACGAUCACAUUUUGCUGAACGGUUCGACAUCUGAGUGCAAGUGUAAUACACUUGCACAUUUGGUUGGACGCAAUUGCCUGCAGACAUCGAUCUAUAGUCGUCUUUAGACCUCGCCCUAACCAUUCUUUGAAUCACUGCUCGCGCCUGUGGGUGAGGUUUAACACCUAAUUCGUGUGAUUGUUCAAUGCACAACAGUAUGGAGGACGAAAAGGGAUUACUUUUGAGUCGUAUGAGCCCCAAACUGGACCAAGAGAGGGCGCAGCAAAAUAAAAACUUCCCACCAACACGGCGUUUUUCAACCGGUGAGGGGAUGCUCUGCUCAUGGCAGAUUGUCCGUGCUUUGGGCGUGUAGCAGCUCCAAACAUAGAUUUUCAAUUUAAAUCAAGAAUUUUCAGGGAUUGCACUUAUUUUGAUCUUUCCAAUGAGACACUAUACUCCACGAUAAGUAAUCAAAUAAUAAAUUUCGGUUCGCUUUUCAAAGCUGAAAAAUAAAAAAAAAAAGAUUUUCACAAAAGUGUCGAAUCUGAGUUUUGGCAGAUGACCACUUGUACCCUCCAUAAUUCAUGCCAGGUAUCAACUAUACCGUGCUACAACAACGCUGAUAAGUACAUAUAUUUUGUCGGAAGAAUGUCCACCGACGUUGAUAAAUCUCACUUUAAAAGUAACGAAAGAUGAAGGGCCUGACGUUUCGAUCCUCGCAGAAUCUUUCUCAAAGGCAAAAGUAUUUUAACAGUAUUAGAUCUCUGUUGUGCAUUAUUUUCAGACGCAUGAUAAUAUCUGAUAUUUUCAUCAGAUCCAGAAACAAUUUUUUUUGGGGGGGGGAGACAAACCUAGGGAAUUUUUUCUGUGACCUUUUAUUGUGUUUCUAAAGGAUGAAGAUAAAUGUAUAUAUUUGUACAAGCAUUGGGAGGAUGGGAAAUAAAUAAUAAUAAUUUUAAAAAAUCACCUUUCGAUGCUUUAAAAGAAAUUUAUACGUCUUUUUGGAGGGGAACUACGCCCUUGGAUUCGCCAAAUUUCAGAGAGAGAAAGAGAGAGGUAGAAAGGGCGCCCCUAUAAAGAUUCUUGACAAAUUAAUGUUUUAAAGAAGAACUUCAGAUUAAACUGAAUAUAUCUUGUGAUAAAAGGCGACGAUUGCAUCCUCAUACAUGUACAUUAUAUCGCGGAUUUUAUUUUGUGUGUGAGACGAUCCCAAACUUAAAUUUCCUGUUUCGGCACCGUUAACACUAGUGCACUUUAAAAAUUGUAUUAUAUUUUUG